AUGACUACUUAUUUUGAGAGGAAGACUCCCGUGUACUACUCGCCGGGCAAAGCAGUUGCACCUUCUGCCAUAGGGGACGCAUUUGCGCUUCCCGUUGGAGCUGAAGAACCGAAGCCAAAACGUCCUCUGUCAGCUUACAACUUCUUUUUCAAGAGAGAACGCCAGGAUAUUCUGAGAAAUACGCCAGUCCGGCCUCAAGGAAAGCCUCGACGCUCGCAUGGAAAAAUUGGCUUCGCCGACUUGGCGCGUACAAUUGCUGCUCGCUGGAAAGGGGCUGACCAUGCAGUCAAGGAUCAUUUUGAAAACAUGGCCAAAAUGGACAAGGAUCGCUAUGCACGAGAAUUGGAAGAUUGGAAGAUCAAUCAAGACAACCAGAAGCUCGUAGGUGAAAAGAGUAUUCCACAUUCAUGCUCUCCGUUCUCGCCGUACUGGGAGGAGACUCAAGGAGAUGACUUCGAGCCAAUCGAGUUUCAAAAGAGCACGAAGACCCCAGCAAAGUCUCGUCCGAUCAGCCAGGUAGUUACUCCCACGUUUACGACCAAGCAACCCUUAGGCCUCUCCUAUGCGUCUGACCUUGCCCGAAGUGAUCUCGGGUUCGGUGACUACAAUGGAACAGAGCAAUGGGCUUAUAGCGACCGGGUUUCAACGGUACGUCCCGAAAAGCUUCGAAACAUCGAAAUCGAUGAAGUUGAUUUUGUCAAUUCGUGCUCCCUUCCGCGCAUGGGCUAUAAGAACCCACGCGAAACCAUGCUUCGAUACACAAAUUUUUAUGAUCGACGCCGUCCCAGAUUUUCUGCAGUCUUUCAGGAGGAAGGAGACCGAUGGGAGGAUGAGCGCGCUCGUUAUCUUUCGUUUCAUCAUUGA